AUGUACCGUAAUUUUCAUACGUUACUAAGACUGUUUUCAUUUCAGAAAACCAUUGAUCGCCAGCAAGAAGAAGCCUUAGCCCGGCACGAACGAGCCCACAGACGAAAUCUACUCCUCCUCCAAAACCAACAACGCCAGCAGCAGCAAGAUCGUCAAAUCAGACAGUUGCGACAUCUGCAGGACAGAAUAGAGGAUCAGGAGGACGACGAGGAAGCUCCAAGAAACAACCAAGCACCUCGACAAAGAAUGGGUGAACACGCUCAACAACCAGCUCAACCAUUUCUGGGAAGAACUAUCUUCUUGGAGACACCAAAAUUCACUGGCAAAGGAGCAUUCUCAUCAUUCGUUCGUAAGCUCAAUGAUUUUUUAAACGCGAAUCUGCUCGACGAGGAGCAGGGAAGAAGACUUCUUCCUUCUCUUCUAGACGGAAGAGCGAGAGACGCCUUCGAAAAUCUCAAUCCCGAAGUGCGUGAAGGCCCAUGGAAUGCUAUGAUGGAUCGCCUGUGCGACGAAAUUCACACAGAAGAUCGCCAACUCAUUGCUCGAACCGAAUUGGGUCUUAUCAAACAAGGAGGUCGAACAGUCGAGGAAUUUUUCAAACAAUGCAAAGAAUUGGGCAACCAAGCUUGGCCAGGCGAGGCUAAUCGUCAAAUCAAAGAAGCGAUGAUAACAUCCAGCUUCAUCAAUGGCCUCAAAGCUGAAAUCCGACUACAUGUCCAAAGAGCUCAACCAACAGGUGCUGAAGAUGCUUUCAAAGCUGCGAGACGAGAAGAGGCGAUUCGUUCGUUGGAAUCUCCGGAGAACGUUGCUGAAGCCAUUAACAACCUUUCGGCAAGAAUUGACAGCCUUGCAGCAAAGCAAGAGGAAGUCAACUUCACAAGCACCAACCAUUGGGGAAACGAUACUAGCGAUAAUCAAGGAAAUGGUGGUUACAACAACAACCGUCCCAACGAAAAUCGCAACAACAACGAUCGUUCAAAUGGUAACAAUUGGUCCAAUAGAUCGAAUAAUCGGUUCAAUGGGGACAACAAUCGACCCAAUGAUGAUUGGGACUAUGAUCGGAAUGGAAACGGUAACCAAUAA